CAAUACCUCCCGCAUUCCUACCGUCGCAUUCACAUUCACAAUGGCUUCACCUCUCCCAACGGAAGAGUUCCAGCAGAUCGCUAGCCAUGCCUGCGAAAGCGCCCUUGGUCUAGUAGAAAAGUAUGAGCACGGCAGCGUAGCAGACUGGAACACCGCAAUCAUUAACACCAUCCUCCAAUCCCUCAUCGAGAAGACCGGCGCCGCCGAAUCGAAGCAGCCAGCAUACAAAUACAUCGCCAACAGCACCAUAAUCCAACACCCGGGUGCGCCCUCAGAAUCCGGCUCUGCUGGCCGACGCGGCAUGCACUCUGCUGUCGGAGCUUUCUGGAACACCGAGAAGGACGGCACUUUCUCGUACAAGUGGGAAGGUGCGGAGAAGAAGGGCAUGGAUGUGGUGAUCAGCAUCAACUGGAUCGGCAUCUAGACACAGACACCAAGGGGGUGAAAGACACAAAAAGGAGGAGGACGAGGGGUGAUGAGAAGGG